GAUGAAGUUUAUAAUUUGUCUAAUCCUGAGAGCAGAGGCCACUUGUGGAAGAAUCCCACAAUUGGAAACAUAUUUUCAAAGAUUGAAUACAGCAAUCUAAAAACUUUAAACAUGAAUUUUUCAAACAAUCAAUCUCAAGAAAGCAGUCUGGUACCAAAUGUAACCAACCCCCAAAAUGUUGAAAGUUUCAAACCAAACUUUAUAGUUUUCAACUAUAUGUUGAUCCUCCUUCUAGUAUCUAACCUUAGCUCAGCUGGUAUCCGGGGAUACAGGAGAUCCUUACCCUACCUACGCAUCAACAUCAUCCUUAUCCUCAACUACUACCUAGUCGAGACCUUCAACACAGCUGUCUCUAUUGUGACAUGUGCAGCAAUGGUUGGCUCCCUAACCUCUGUACCCUACUGGUGUGCUCUGCUGGUGGAGCUGGCUGUCACCUAUCUCAUUCAUCUAUCUGUGGGGAUAUCCAUGCUCAUCUCAGUUUGCAGGCUUCUCAUGAUCAUCAGGUUUGAUGACAUGAUUGAGUUUGAACAUGAAAGGUUCUCUCAGAGAGUGUUGGUUCUUCUCCUGGUCUUAUUCACAUUCAUCCUAGCUUUCCCAGCAUAUGUUGUAGCUUCCAAAGAAUUUAUUUCUCCUCAAGUUGCCUUCUACACUGGUUUGGCUGAAUGGUUUGUAAAACCCAAUCCCUACCUGGUUAGCUUUGGUGUUACAUCUCUUGUUUGCAUUCUUGCAACGGUAGGACCUUACUUCUACGGAAGAUACUACCUCAAGAAAUAUCACUCCAUCAGGAAAACCCUAAAAAAUCUAUAUAAUAAAGCUCUUCGUUCAUAUAUGUAAAUCUAUUUCUGUUUAAACGCCUGGUCAGAAUGGGCUGACUUUGUUUUGAGAAAACAAAUGGGUACCCGAGUGGUAACACAGACUAAAAACUUUUUUUUUCAAAAUUCAAAAUUUUUUUUCUUCAAAAAUCACUCCAGCGAGGGAGGGAAUGCAACCUCCACCACACAGCUUACGAACCUCAUUUUACCUUUUUACUGCAGUGACAGUCCCCCGAACAGUCUUCCGGUAAUGAUCUUCCAUUUAUAAUCGUCAAUUUCUACGUAAAUAGAUAAUUUAAGCACGGUAGUAAAAGUUGAAGGGACUGAAAGCUUUACAAAAUUUCAAAUAUCUCAAUGAAUUAAAAAUCAUCAAGUUCCGAACGUUAAAAGAGUUAGUAAGAAUGAACGAAAUGAUCCCAAUAUUUCUUCCGAACCUCAAGGUUUGGAAGCAAUAUGCCGCAAAUCAAAACAAACGCGAUUUCGAACAAAAUCUUCAAAGUUUUCGUUAUUCUAGCCAAAUCUUUGAUUGUAAAAAUUGUUUAAAUCAUCUAAUUAGUCCCAUUUUUAGAAAUUCACGAUUAUAAAUGGAAGAUCAUUCCAGGAAGACUGAUUGGGGGAGGUUGUAAAGCCCUAUGGGAACGAACACUGACGCAAAUAGGUUAAAUGAGGUUCGGAAGCUGUGCGGGGGAGGUUGCCUUUCCUCCCUACUCCAGUAAGCUUUUCACACAUUCUUUUUUAUUGUUUCGCUAUCACUGAAUGACAUAUUACUUUAAAAAAAGAUUUUUAUUUAUUUUUGAGGGAAUUUUUAUUGCGACUUAAUCGUUCAACAUAGUAACUUUAUCGACCUGGUAUUGAAAUUUAAAUAAAAAAGUAAAACUUUCAGAAAAGCUUUUCCGAACUUAAGAUACCCAUUCCAAUGACACAAAUAGAUAUAUUUAAUAUUCUACUGGGUUUAUAUCUCAGUUUUGAGUCAGAAAAGGUAGACUCAGCCAAGAACAUGUUCACCAUGAAAUCCGUUAUCAAAACAGUUUUUGUAACCAUCAUCCUCAUUAUUACACUACUAGUAAAUCUACAUCUAAACAGGUUAACUGAUCCAAGACGGUUGCCAUACAUUAUGAUGCUUAGUCAGACGGUGUUUUCUAUGUAUUUAGCCAACUUUGCGCACACAAUCCUAAAAUCAAAGAAUUCUGGAGACACAAAUUGUCCCAGAAAAAGACUAAUUCACAGGAAACUUUUUUGAAAAUCAAGUCACCUGUUUGACAGCUGAAACGAAAUCAAGUAGGUAUCCAGAAUAUUGCUUAAAGAUACAACAAUCGUGAGUGAAUUGACUUCCCAUUUUUAGAAUGGAUUGCCGAUU